AGUUGUCAAAAAUCUGUAAGGUAUUUGGCAGAUUUAGAAUAUUUAUUUGUAUCAAUAACAAAAAUUAAACAGAAUGGCUAAACCAAAGAAGGUUUUGGAAGAAGCGAGAGAAUUUCAGAAUCCAGAGCUCGAUUUGUUUGAUAGAGGAAUAUCUUCAUUUGAAGAAUUACCUGGAUUAUUGAAUAUGACAAAUAUUACAAGAUUAACUUUGAGCCACAACAAAAUUAAGUCUGUACCUCCUGGUCUUGCGAACUUGAGUAACUUAGAAAUUUUGAAUCUCUCCAAUAACCAUAUCGAAGAAUUACCUCUGUCUUUGUCAUCAAUGCCAAAAUUGAGGAUACUGAAUAUCUCUAUUAACCGUUUAUAUACUUUACCUCGAGGUUUUGGGGCAUUUCCUGUAUUAGAAGUGUUGGAUCUGACUUAUAAUAAUCUGAAGGAGGAUGCUUUGCCGGGAAACUUCUUCAUGAUGGAGACUCUUCGUGCCUUAUACUUAGGAGAUAAUGAUUUUGAAUAUAUCCCUUCUGACAUCAAAAACCUAAAAAAUUUACAAAUUCUUGUUCUUCGUGAAAAUGACAUCAUUGAACUACCCAAAGAAAUAGGGGAAUUAAUUCGUCUGAGGGAACUCCAUCUUCAGGGAAAUCGUCUGACUAUCCUACCUCCAGAGAUUGGAAACUUAGAUAUGUCCUCCAACAAGUCUGCAUUUCGAUUUGAAGGCAAUAUUUGGGUACCACCUAUUGCCGAACAGUUACAACUAGGAAUUAGCCAUCUACAGGAUUAUUUAAGAAGUGAAACAUACAGAGUGCUCUACAGUAGAAUGGUCACCAAUAAACCUCCACCCCCUCCACCAUGUGUUGACAAAGCCAAAAAGAUUUCUCGAAUGCGUUAAAAAUACCUAAAAUGAAGAUUUUUAUUUAUAAUUGUGCCAUACUAUGAAAAGUGAAAUAUUUCCUGUAUGAACUAAUCAUUAUGGACAACCUUUGGUACUUAACACUUACCAGUUCUUAUAAGUGCCUGUAAUACUGCCUUAAUAGAAUUAAGAUUAAUAAUUUUAGAGCUAUUUAUGAAAAACUAUAUACGAGUAUGUGGAUAUAUUAAGUCCAGAUGCUAUUUAACAAAGUGUGAAUUAGGUUUUUCUGAUGUCACACAAUGGAAUACAAUUCUUGCAAUUUCAUUUGUUGUAAGUUUUUGGUACCAACAUUGAGUAAUGUAUUAUCUAUAUUAAAGAAAUUUAACAAUAAUUGUUAAUUCUCAAUUGUGUGAAAUGCAAUCAUAUAUUUUAUUUAACUUAAUUUUUUACUAAAAAUAUUUUUGUUACUAAAUGUUAGUUACUUAUUGACAAUGUUUUAACUCGUUGACGAAAAUUUUCAUAUAUUUUAAUAAAUUAUAUAUACAUUAAUAUAC